UAUCAAGAUGUGGUAUAUAUUUAAAAGAAUUGUCUCUCUCAAAUAUUUGCAAUUCAAGUAUCAUGCCAUUUGUUGGUAAACAUUGUAAAAAUUUAACAAGCCUUGAAUGUGAAUUUGACGACAAAUUCUUAAUUUAUAAUGCUGAUCACUUUGUUCAAGCAUUUACACAGUUGGAUAAAUUGAAAUGCAUAAAAAUAACAAUGAAUGAUAAGUCCGAUUUUAAAACAGUUGAUUUAUCUGGAAUAAUUAAUAGUCUUCCAGAAGAAAUUAAUGAAAUUUAUUUAUUUUCUCCGUCACAACGAAAAACAGUUCCUAUGAGUUUUAAAAAAUUUACAAAUCUUCAAAAAUUGACAGUACAUGGCCUCUGUUCAGGCAGCAUUUUUCCAGAAAUAGCAGAAAAAACAACACUUGUUUAUCUUCACAUUCAACUGUCUAAUAAGUUUUUUUUAUUUAACAAACUCGUUAAUUUGGAACAUAUUGACCUAACGCUGCGCAUGCAGCCUGAUGAUGUUUUUGACACUGACACUGACACUGACCUCACUACAAAAGUACUUGAUACUAUUUUUUGUACAUGCAAAAAUCUGAAACAUCUUGAUAUUCCACGUGGUCCUUAUGAUUUAGCUAAAAUUUCUCUCAAAAAAUGGAUAAACUUUCAAAACUUAGAAUAUCUUCGUAUUAAUGGUAAUAUAAUGCCUGACUUAGCAAAUACAAUUGUUCAAUAUUGCAAGAAUUUAAAAGAUUUGAGGAUAGAUAAUCGUCAUCACUGUAUAAAUGAAACUGCUUUAAAAAAGUUAACAGAGCUGGAAAAUCUUGAAUGUUUAGUAUUGCCUGAUUGCAAUAAGCUCAGUGAUGAAUCAAUAAUUGCAAUUUCAAACAAUUGUAAAAAACUUAAAAAGUUAGAAAUUCCUGCUGGCUAUAUGUUUGAUUCACGUCCUUCUCCAUCUGUUCUUCAUGAAAUAUCAAAAUUGCAAUAUCUUGAACAUUUGAAAUUGUUUAUGGUAAAAAGUCUCAAAGAUAGUACAAUUACUGCCAUUGCUAAUAAUUGUAAAUACCUGAAAAGUUUGGAUAUCGGAUGUUGCAGAGCUAUUACUGAAACAGGUCUCGGUGCUUUAACAAAGUUGGAAAAUUUACAAAAACUAGAUGUAAGGUGUAUUGAUAUAAUUACGGACAGCUUCAUUAGUAAAUUGAAAGGAUUAAAAGAAUUGGAUUGUGGUGGUUGCAGGAAACUUACUGAUGAUGGUAUCAUUCAAGUCAUAAAAAAUAGCCCAGAUCUUACAAAGAUUGAUGUCCGCAAUACAAUUAUUACAAUUAACUCGAGUUUACUUAAAAUGAGUGCGAAAAGAACAUGUGUUGAGAAAGACCGACAAACCUUUAAUGAUGGUGACAAGGAUCAAAAACUUGAGAUCAAUUCACUGGAUUACGACUCAUUAGCAAAAAUCUUUAUGCUGCUGCCAAUACCAGAAAGAAUAGAUAUGGAAGAAGGUAAAUAA